AUGUCCGAACAGAUAAGAUCGAAUGCAGAGUAUAAUCGAAGAGCGGCGAUAAUUGAAGGCCUUCGCGCUGGGCGUUCGCGGACCGAAAUUAUUCGGUUCUUCGGGUACCCGAGAUCGACCGUAUAUGACGUUGCGGCUAAAUAUUUGGCUUCGGAGACGUCCGAAAAAGGUUCUGCCAACCCGACAAGGAAGAGCCAUUCGAAAGAAAAGUCAGUAAGGACUCCAGCAAUUAUCGAAAGAGCUCAAGAGCUCAUCUCAGAGGACCCAGGGCUGUCUCUAACGAAAUUGGCCAAAACAUUGGGUGUGAGUGACACUACAAUGCGUCGAAUUGCUGAAGAGGACCUACGCUUCAAGUCCUAUGUAAUAAAAGUUCGACAAAUGCUCUCUGAGGCUGCCAAGAUGAACAGAGUUGCUCGCUGUAACUUGCUUCUGUGUUCGUUAAAAAACGAAGCUGCGGGACGCAUCAGGUUUUUUUCGGACGAAAAAAUUUUUUCUGUCGAUGCCAAGGUGAACCGGAGGAACGACCGUUGGCUCGCCCGCGACCCCGAAGAUGUGCCCAUAAUAGCUAGGACGAAGUUUCCGGUCUCUGUUCACGUCCUAGUGACGGUCUCCGUUGUCUCCAGUGAGGGUCACGUCAUGCCGCCACAUUUCUUUCAAAAAAAAGAAACCGUCACAAAAGAAGUAUAUUUACACGUUUUGACGAAGAUAGUGAAGCCGUGGAUAGAAACCGUGGCCGCCGGGAAGCCGUACGUCUUCCAGCAAGACGGCGCGCCAGCGCACACGAGUCACUUAGUGCAAAACUGGCUGUCGGAUAAAAUGGACAUGUUUUGGUCAAAGGAAUUUUGGCCUCCGAACAGUCCAGAUUUGAAUCCGUUGGACUAUUACGUGUGGAGCGUCAUUGAACGAGUGACCAACAAGUCGAGACAUCCCAAUGUGACAUCUCUCCAAACCGCUAUCGAAGCAGCAUUCGCCAAUAUAGACAAGGACGCGUUGCAGAGAGCGUGCCAGCGCUUCAGGAUGAGGAUCGAAGCAGUCAUCGAAGCAAAAGGGGGUUAUAUAGAGUAA